AAUGGCGGGUCUGUACCCUUCUCUCAGACCCCAACCACCUUCCUCCUCCCAGCACUCAUUCGCGUCCAAACUUCUCCUCCUCCUCACCCUUCUCCCUCUCAUCCUCGCUGUCUUCGCAUUCGUUCUACAAUGGCGUGGUGGUGGCAUCGAUGAUCCCAUUUCUCGGUGGUCUCCGGAGGAGUCCCACAAGUUUCCGGGCAUGGACAGUUCUCCUCUGGCAACCGUUGGCCACUCUUCUUCUCAGUCCUCUGAUUGCGUUCUUGGACACAGCUCUUCGCCUUCUUUUCCUUACUACAGGGAUUGGAAGUUCAAUUUUGAAGCGGAUCUUAAGCCUAAGGCUUUUGAUCAGGUGUUGGAGUGUUUGUUUGUUUGGCUGGAAAACUGA